AUGAAGAGGAACGUCUUACUCCCACUGGGGGGGAGAAGAUCGGCAAUCUCAUCGCGGACAUACUCGUCACUCUGCGAUCGUUUGCAUCGCGAAUUAACAUCGCGGAUACUCCCUUUGAACUUUGAUUAUCUACAUACCCAGCCUUCCCAUCUCCUGAGCUUGACAUUAGCUGACCUUCUUCCGGGGACUCUUGUAUGGCCGUGUGUUCAUACGGCUCUCCCCUCAGUCACCCGUGCAUUUCGUAUGCCGGCUGGCCAUCAUUUGGCUUAUUUUCCUCCGCAGGUUACGUUAUCACAGUUACUACCAGAUGGCACUGAUGUCUUACAUAGUCCCGGUGUACCUUUUGAAAGGCGUCUAUGGGCCGGUGGAAGUGUCAGAUUUCCUGUCACAAGAGGUCUGAUUCUCAACGGAGCCCGAGCUGUCUGUAUCGAAACGAUUCGUGACGUGAUGGUGAAAGGACGUGAAGGGGCAGAGAAAGUGAUGGUUAAAAUAGAGAGGCGAAUGGCCGUGGUACAGGAGGAGGAAGAGGAGGGCAGUAUCAGAGAGCGGAUAUGGAAGGAUACCGAAGACGAAAUUGGGCAUGCUGCGGUCAUUGAAAGUAGGAAUCUGGCUUUUAUGCGGAAAAAAACACAAGGUGAACUGCAUUAUGACAAGAUGAAUUUUGAUACCUGUCAGAGAGUCAUAAAACGUUUCCGGAAUCUUCUUGUGCAUGGACCGUUGACUCUGACACUGUUGCUCACUGUCCUUGAAGCACAUCUCGCCAAAUCAGACCAAAUCAUCACAGCAUUUGACUAUCGAAAUGUGGCUCCUCUUUAUGUUGAUGAGCCUCUAACCAUUUGUGGCAAACCAAAGUCUGGAAAGGACGAUGUAUGGGAUGUAUGGAUUGAAGGAAAGAACGGAGGCCUGGCAGUACGCGGCACUGCUUUUACAAGCCCAGUGAGCCUAACUGCCCUUACUUUCGUUCAGUCCGCUUUGGUUUAUGGUGGUCUACUAAGUGGUAGAUACGUUAUAUUCCGUCCGGGACUAGUCUUCAAGCAGCUUCCUGAGGCAUGGAGGUUGUUCUCGUCAUUCUUUAUGACAGGACCUCGCCUUGACUUUAUACUUGAUAUCUACUUCAUGUUCAAGUAUGGCAGUGCUUUGGAGACGGCAUCACCACGGUUUAGUUCACCGGGUGACUUCUUCACGUACGUGUUCUUUGUAGCCACUGUUAUUACGCUCACCGCAGGUUGCCUGUUAGAUGAUGUAAUUUUUACCCAUGCUUUAAUCAUCGCAUUUGUCUACACGUUCGCCCAAGAUAACCAAGGUAGAAAAGCCUCUUUCUUCGUGGUCCAACUGCCUGUUGAAUUCCUACCAUGGGCGAUGCUCACCUGGACGCUUGUGCUUAGUGGGUGGCAUGCAGCAUUUAGUGAGAGCAUGGGAAUAGUCGCGGCACACAUGUAUGAUUUCUUCUCACGCAUAUAUCCAACUUUCGGAGGUGGUAGGAACUACAUUAUCACGCCGACUGUUGUGCGGAGAAUCUUUAGCGCCCAUAUGCCCCCCAGUCAGCACCGGGCCUAUGGAACAGCUUAUCGUCCGAUCCCUGAAGAACAAAAUCCAUCCCAGGGCUGGGGCUCUUUUCAAAGCCCCUGGAGCAGUAGAGGACCAGGCAGAAGACUGGGCGGCGGCUAA